AUGUCAACUUCAAACUGCAGGUUUUAUGAAAACAAAUACCCGGAGGUAGAUGACGUGGUUAUGGUCAACGUUCAGCAAAUCGCUGAAAUGGGUGCUUAUGUGAAGUUAUUAGAGUAUGAUAAUAUUGAAGGUAUGGUUCUAUUAUCCGAACUUUCUCGUAGACGUAUUAGAUCCAUUCAAAAAUUAAUUCGUGUUGGUAAGAAUGAGGUUGUUGUUGUUCUUCGUGUUGAUAAGGAAAAAGGUUAUAUUGAUUUAUCCAAAAGACGUGUUUCUAGCGAAGAUAUGAUCAAAUGUGAAGAAAGGUACCAAAAAUCUAAGGCUGUUCACUCUAUUCUAAGGCAGUGCGCUGAAAAGUUUCAGUUUCCAUUGGAGGAGUUGUAUAAGAGUGUUGCUUGGCCUUUGAGUCGAAAGUAUGGACAUGCUUAUGACGCUUUUAAGUUGUCUAUUGUUGAUGAAACAGUUUGGGAGGGCAUUGAAGCACCAUCUACAGAAAUCUUUGAAGAGUUGAAACAGUAUAUUAGCAGAAGGUUGACUCCUCAGGCCAUCAAAAUCAGAGCCGACGUUGAGGUGUCUUGUUUUAGCUACGACGGCAUUGAAGCUAUUAAGGAGGCCUUGAAAGCCGCUGAAGAUACGUCGACAGAGCAAAUGCAAAUCAAGGUUAAGUUGGUUGCCGCACCUUUGUAUGUCAUUACGACCCAGGCUUUGGACAAGACCCAGGGUAUUGAGGCUCUAGAAAACGCCAUUUCUAGAAUUGAAGAAGUGAUCACGAACUACCAAGGUGUAUGCAAUGUUACCAUGCCACCUAAGGCAGUUACUGCAACUGAGGACGCUGAACUACAAGCUCUUUUGGAAAGCAAAGAGUUAGAAAACAGGUCUGAUUCGGAAGAGGAAGAUUCAGAUUAUGAUUAG